UUCCGCAGCACGCGGCAUGUCUGAGGGCGCUCGUGUCAGCUCGAGACGAUUCUUCACUCAAGAAACGAGAUGAGACAGCAGGUGCUCGCGCUCAGCGCGAUGAUGUUUCUCUGUGUACCUCAGCCAGUAACUUCACAAACACAAGAAGUUUGCACAGGCACCAAGAAUGCUCUGAGCUCUACUGGCACCCCUGCACAACACUACAACAACCUGAAGGAGCGCUACACCGGAUGUGAGAUCGUCAUGGGCAAUCUUGAGAUCACACAGAUGGAGAAUGACCUCGAUUUCUCAUUUCUUGGAAGUAUCCGAGAAGUCACAGGAUACAUCCUCAUUGCUAUGAACCAGUUCCGCAGGUUGCCUCUGGACCAGCUCAGAGUGAUCCGUGGUAGCAGCCUGUAUGAGAAGGAAUGGGCCCUUUCUGUCUUCCAUAACUUUGAGAGUCACAGUGGCCUGGAAGAUCUGGGCCUCACCAACCUCACAGAGAUCUUGGAAGGUGGGGUACAAAUUGUCCAGAACAGGAACCUCAGUCAUGCUCCAUGGAUCAACUGGCGGGACAUUAUCAGAGACAGUGAUGCUCGCAUCCAGAUCCAGAACAAUGGAGAAAGAGGGUCAUGUGAUUCUGCAUGCGGAGAAUUCUGCUGGGGUCCACAUAAAGAUCAGUGCCAGAAAUUGACAAAAACAGUGUGUGCACCUCAGUGUCAUGGCCACUGUUUUGGGACCAACCCUAAUGAGUGCUGCCACACAGAGUGUGCUGGAGGCUGCAUUGGACCAAAGGACACAGACUGCUUUGCAUGUCGGCAUGUCAAUCACUCAGGCUCCUGCGUCCCUCACUGCCCUUGGCCUCUGGUGUAUAACCGACAGACCUUUCAGCUGGAGCCCAACUCUGAAGCCAUGUAUCAGUUCGGUUCGAUCUGCGUACUCAAAUGUCCCGCACACUUUGUUGUGGAUGGCAGCGCAUGUGUGAGCAGUUGCCCUCCUGGUAAAACAGAAAAAGAGAAAAAUGGCAUUAAACAGUGUGAAACUUGCAUUGGCCUGUGUCCCAAAGUAUGUGAGGGAACGGGAGCCAAUCAUAGACAAACAGUGGACUCCAGUAACAUAGACAGCUUUAUCAACUGUACCAAAAUCCAAGGGAGUCUACAUUUUCUGAUCUUGGGUAUCAAAGGAGACGCCUAUCAUAACAUACCACCUCUGGAGCCUGAAAAACUCAAAGUAUUUAACACUGUCAGAGAAAUUACUGGCACUUUGAACAUUCAGUCUUGGCCCGAUGAACUCAGCGAUCUGUCUGUUUUCUCCAGUCUCACUACCAUUCAGGGAAGAUCUCUAAACAACCAUAAGAGGCCGUUCUCAUUGUUGGUGAUGAAGAUUCCCUCCCUUACAUCUCUGGGACUGCAUUCGUUGCGUGAGAUCAGCGAUGGCAGUGUAUACAUCACUCAAAAUAUAAACCUGUGUUUUUACUACACCGUCGACUGGAUCCAGAUCUUCACCGGUAACCGCCGGCAGCUCAGGCGUAGAAACAAUGACAUCAAGGAAAACAAACCCCAGAUCAAGUGUGAGGAAGAGGGCCAUGUGUGUGACCCCCUGUGCUCAGACGCAGGAUGCUGGGGCCCGGGGCCUGAGCAGUGUUUGUCGUGCAGGAAUCACAGUCGGCAUGGCACCUGUGUAUCUCACUGCAACCUCUACUCUGGAGAGCCAAGAGAGUUUGCAGCAUCUAAUGGAGAGUGCAUUGCUUGUCACCCUGAGUGUCUACCCCAAAAUGGGAAUCAAACAUGCAAAAAAGAAGGUGCUGAUCAGUGUGUAGCAUGUUUAAACCUGAUGGAUGGCCCUCACUGCGUUUCUGCUUGUCCUAAUGGAGUGAAUGGGGAAAAGGGUCAGACCAUAUUUAAAUACCCUAAUGCAUCAGGUCAUUGUGAGCUCUGUCACCUCAACUGCACAAGAGGAUGCACAGGCCCUGCGCUCAGAAACUGUGUAGAUCAUGAUAGACUUGUAAACAGCUCUCAGAUCGCAGGUAUAGCAGUUGCUAUAUUUACUGGUAUCAUCGUGCUCUUGGCACUGUUUGUGCUUGGUGUGCUGUAUCACAGAGGCCUGGCGAUUCGUCGCAAAAGAGCUCUGAGGAGGUAUCUUGAGAGCGGUGAGAGCAUGGAGCCACUGGAUCCCGGAGAGAAGGGGACAAAAGUGCAUGCUCGCAUCCUAAAACCACAAGAGCUGCGAAAGGGCAAACUUCUGGGCUACGGAGUCUUUGGCACUGUGAAUAAGGGUUUCUGGAUCCCUGAAGGAGACUCUCUAAAAAUCCCUGUGGCAAUAAAGACCAUCCAAGACCGCAGUGGCCGGCAGACCUUCACAGAAAUUACUGAUCACAUGCUUGCAAUGGGAAGCCUGGAUCACCCGUAUAUAGUGCGUCUCCUUGGGAUCUGUCCAGGGACAAGUUUGCAGCUGGUCACCCAGCUCAGUCCUCAGGGAUCCUUACUGCAACACCUUCGCCAAAACAAAGACAGCCUGGACCCCCAGCGUCUGCUCAACUGGUGUGUGCAGAUCGCAAAGGGCAUGUAUUAUCUUGAGGAGCACUGCAUAGCACACAGGAACCUUGCUGCACGCAACGUGCUGCUCAAGAGUGACUACAUAGUACAGAUCUCAGACUUUGGGGUUGCAGACCUGCUCUACCCAGAUGAUAAGAAAUAUGUAUACAGUGAACACAAGACGCCAAUAAAAUGGAUGGCAUUAGAGAGUAUCCUCUUCAGAAGAUACACUCAUCAGAGUGAUGUGUGGAGCUAUGGUGUGACUGUAUGGGAGAUGAUGUCAUAUGGAGCAGAGCCAUAUGCAGCCAUGCAUCCUCAUGAUGUGCCAGGUUUAUUGGAAAAAGGAGAGCGGCUGGCUCAACCACAGAUCUGCACCAUAGAUGUCUACAUGGUCAUGGUCAAGUGCUGGAUGAUUGAUGAGAAUGUAAGGCCUACAUUUAAAGAACUGGCCAGUGAAUUUACAAGAAUGGCAAGGGAUCCACCACGAUACCUUGUGGUGAAACCUGCUCAGAAUUGCACUGGUGCAGAGGAAAGCCACCAACGUGUUAAAGGCUCUCAUUUAGUGGCAGACUUGGAGGAAGAUGAUGAUGAUGAGGUAUUGCAGGAUGGCUUUGCUACUCCUCCCCUCCAGCUGUCACCAACUAGAAGUCAUUCUCGUCUUCGUAUGGCCUCCUACAAGGGCACCUCAGAGCACACAACAACUAUAGGUUAUCUCCCUAUGACCCCUGGCCCAGGGGACGACCCUAGACAGAUGAGAGCCCAGAGGAGGAAGACUGGCUCAGUGAGGACAGAGUCAGAGUGCUCGGAGGGCAGGGGGACCCUGGGGGACAUUGAAAUGGCUGAACUUACUUCUCAAACAGGUAGUCUUCGCAGAGGUCGUAGCCGUAUGGACAGCGCCUACAUGUCCACCGGCGUGUCUGUGGCUUCAGAUCCGUUCUCGCCAGGUCUGGAGGGCGUAGACGAGGACCAUUAUGGAUACGUGCUGCCCACAGAGAAAGGUUCCAGAAGCACUUUUUCUCAUAGUAGGAUAUCCAGUAACUCCAAGAGUGCUCACUCGACGCCAAAAACAGACACCACACAAGAGUACGAACUAAUGAACAAAGAGCCCCCUCGGCUUUCUACUUCACCUACAGACAGCACUGACGCUUCAUCUGCAUCUUCCCCUGCUUCUCCUUACACAUGCAAUAUUUUACCACAGAAGAGAGACACUGACUCAACACAAACCGAACAGUCGGAUAAGGCCACUAGUCCCCCUGAAGGAGACGGCUUGGAGUCUGCUGCUGCUUGUGAAUACGGUCUGGUUGGAACAGUAACAUGUACUGACAGGAGUCAGUCUGAGAUCAGCGCUGUAGAAGAAGAGCAGCAGCCACAAAAAGUGGUGGUUGAGUAUGAAUACAUGGACAUACGUACAGACAUACACCAGCAAAACGUAGCAGGGGGGAGCACAUCGAGCAGUCCAGAUGAGGUGGAGAGUGGCGUAAAAGAAGCAAUUUACCAAAAUGUAAGUGAGCCGCCAAGGUUGACAGCAAGACAUAAGGAAAAUGAGGAUUCUGAUUGCAGUACACAGCGCAGUGAAUAUGUAGACAUGGAGGCAUCAGGGAUAACUGGCUCUGAGGAUGGAGAUCAGGCUGAUUAUCAGAACAUUCCAGUAAAGGGAAGGCCCAUGGUGGGAGAGGAGUCACAAAAGCCUGGUCUCAGACCCUACAUAAAAGUGUGUACUGGAGUAGAGGCGCAAAACACUUCAUUUGACAACCCAGAUUACUGGCACAGCAGAUUAUUCCACAAGCAAGAUGCUGUUUGUACAUAAUUAAUGACUUAAUCUCACUAACAGAAACAAUGUGAUGGAUGAACGAUGGAAACAGAAUGGACUGGCACAACCAGCAUGUUUCUAGGGAUGUAUGUCUACCAUGUGUUCAGCAUUUGAACACAUGAAUUUAUGCUAAUGUGCCAACAAAAUAUACUAUAUAAUAGUAUAAAAUGUCUGGUCUUGUUGAAGAUUGGCCUACCUCCACUUGUUUGUCUCUGAAGUCCUACUCCUGUGGUUUUGUAUAUACAAUUAUGUUUGUUUUUUAUGAUGAUGAUUUUUGGUUAUUCAAUGAGGAACAAUUCUUUUUGGAAAAAAAACAGUUAUUAUAUAUUGAUUUUUUUCAAUGAAUAAAGUAAUUUUCAUUUUAUUACUUGCGUUUAUUGGCACCCAUAGUUAAUUGUUCACAUUAUUAUACGUAAAGAUUUUGCUGUCACCAAUGUCAAACAAGCAUAGGUCAUUAUAUUUGAAAAUAUUUUUAGAUAAAAAUCACUUUAUUUAUAAAAAAAAAUCAGUUUUACAAAAAAUCAGUUUUACAACAAAAGCAUUUCAACUAUUAAAAAAUUGAUGUAGGAUUUACUCUGCAACAAUUUUCACUCAGAAAUUGCUAUUAAAUUUAACACAUAAUUACAAUGAAAUGGCAAGUAACACACUGAAUUGAUCAUACAAUUUUGUAGUAGAAAGACUAAAACAGUAUUUUCUAAUCAGAGAGAUAAAGACUGAACUAAAACUCCAGUUCUGUGCAAGCCAGAUUGUUGCAUGUUUUAUUAACCUAUAGGUAAAUGGCAAAAUUUGAAAAUAAUGAUUUAAGCUAAACUGAAUCUAGAACAUUUUUAUACGUGUGAAAUAAAUAUUCUUUUGUUGUUCAUGUG